AUGCCUCUCCAUCUCCUUGGCAAAAAGUCCUGGAAUGUCUACAACUCCGAUAAUGUCGCCCGCGUGAAGCGCGACGAAGCACAAGCGAAGGCUCGCGAAGAAGAGGAUGAACGUCUCAUGCAAGAGGUUGAUGCCGAGCGCAGGAUAAAAAUACUUCGCGGUGAACGACCAUCUACACCUCCACCGCCGCCCUCCCACCCAUCGUCCGAUCCAGCGCGUGUGCAAGAGCGGACGACCUCGGACGACACAAGGAAUUAUCGCAAGAGAAGGCGCAUCGCCGGGGAAAAUGACACCGAUCGAGAUAUACGAUAUGCUCGAGAAGAUGCGGCUCAAGCAGUUGCUAAACGUGAGGAGCUCGCGCUAGCCUCUCACAAGGCUAGUACCGGUUCAGCAGAGGUACCGAUCAUAGACAGCGCCGGCCAUAUAAACUUGUUCCCAUCUACAAGUGCUAAAUCAAAUAAAAAUGCCGAGGCUGAGGCCGAAGCAGCGCGGAAAAAACGCAGCUAUGAAGACCAAUACACAAUGAGGUUUUCCAACGCAGCCGGAUUCAAAGAGACCAUUGGCCGGAAGCCAUGGUAUUCCUCUACAGACCAGGAUGUGAGAGCCCCCGGAUCAAUGCCCGAUAAAGAUGUGUGGGGCAACGAAGACCCAAGGCGCAAGGAGAGGACACAGGCCCGCAUGAGUGCGAGUGAUCCACUUGCAGCUAUGAAGCGGGGUGUCCGACAAUUGAAGACAUCAGAGCAAGAGCGGAAGCGCUGGAACGACGAAAGACGUCGGGAAGUAAAGGCUUUGAAAGCCGACGAGGAAAAACAGUCUAACCGUCGACGGAAGCGAUCUGGAUCAAUAGAUAGCCUUGAUGGCUUCAGCUUAGAUGCGCCGGGCAAAAGAGUCAACAAAGAUCGAAGAGCUUCUGAUGGGCACCAUCGCCGCCAUCACGAUCGCAGUCAUGAUCGACCUCAUCGUCGGAAUCACGAUAGAAGUCGAGAACACUCGCAUCGUUGUUCUGAGCACCACUCUUCUGAUCACAGCCGUCAUUCUCGUCACGACGAAUCUCGUGAAAACUACAAACGUUGA